CAAAUUCCUCCGCCUGUGCUCUUCCUCACGGUGCCAACAGUGCAUCCUCCGACCUCAAAAUCUCGCACCCGCCCAGGGUCCAUGUCACGUGACACUGUACCUGACCCCUGUGCUUCCAGACCUGCGUGCGGCGUGCGGCGUCACACCGGAGAGCCGCGCCGAGAGUGGCACCCGGUUGACUGUGCACUUUUGCGUUCAACGACGUCACAACUGUCACAUCUCCUUAAAAUCCUCCUCGGCCCUCUCUUUCUUCUUCCCCGCCGCUCUCCAACCUGUCUCUCGUCCAUCCAACCUGCUCUAAAUCAUCAUACUCACCAUGGCCGACCAAGCUCACACCGCCGUCGCGGAGCCCCAGGUGCUCCCCCGCUUCCCCGAGAUUUCGCUGGCUCCCGGCCCCAUCGAAGAUCAGCUGCGUGAUCUCUACGCAUCUCAGCACACCACUGGCUCUUUCGAAGAUUUUGUCAAGCAAAUCUCGGAGGUUUCUACCUCGCAUUUGCCCUCUGACACCUCGCAUCCCUUCAGCCACUAUUACAUCUCAUCUUCUCACAACACAUACCUCACCCAGAACCAGCUUUCUGGAAAAGCCUCUGUUGAUGGCUAUGUCAACGCCCUUCUCAGCGGCGCGAGAUGCAUCGAGAUCGACGUCUGGAAUGGAAAGAAUGGCAACCCCAAAGUUGUGCACGGCUGGACUCUGGUCCAUCCAGUAGAUUUCAAGGAGGUUUGCGAAGCCAUCGCAGAGAAUGCCUUCAAAACCACGCCUUUCCCGCUCCUUCUCUCGCUCGAGACCCAUUGUGAUCACGCCCAGCAGGGCGCAAUGGCAGAAAUCAUGCACGAGACUUUUGGCGAUAUGCUUCUCAGCCGUCCUUUGAACCCCUUCAAAGUGCUGCCUUCGCUCGAGGAUCUCAAGCACAAGAUUCUUGUUAUUACUGCUUCCAUGACCGAGAAAGAGGAUGCCGCGGCCGCUGGAAGCCAGUCUCCCAAAACUGAUUCCGACUCUAGUUCCGUCAAGUCAAAUGGCUCGGACUCGUCGUGCUCGUCCGAAGAGGCUAGUGCGCCUGCCGAGCAAUCUGACGAGGUAGAGAAAAUCGGUGAUAACUCCGUCAAUCCCAGUCUUGCAGCGCUGGGAAUCUAUGCUAUCCCUCGUCCGUUUGAGAAUCUAUUCAACAAAUUCUCUCUUGAGUUCAAUCACAUCCACAAUGUCUCCGAGCGCAUGUUCUCCAACCUCCGCAAUAAGCCUCCCCCUGACUCGGACGUGAAAGAUCUCCCUGACGAAGACAAACUAACGCCCAGAGCGGUCAUCUUGCACAACUCUGCAUAUCUUAUGAGGAUCUAUCCGAACGGCUACCGCUUCAACUCUUCCAACCCUUAUGCCCCUCUGUACUGGGCAUACGGAGCUCAGAUUGUCGCUUUGAAUUGGCAAAAGGUCGACAAGGCGAACAUGCUCAACCGCGCGCUCUUUGAGGGGACCGGCGGCUAUGUUCUCAAGCCCAACUGUGCCAACAACGACGGCCAGAGCUUCGACACUUCGCUCAGCGAUGACAUUCACGAGCUCGCUCAUAAAUUCAAAGAGUCUCUCCGUCUUCGUCCUUCAUCUGACAGCAAGAAGUCCUCUCCUGAGGUGAAGGAAUCGACGGAAUCAAUCACGCAGCUUACCGGAAAGCUGAAGGUGCGCGUCAUUGGCGUUCAAAAUAUGCCGAUUCCGAGUGUGAGCAAGAUCAAAGACCCUGAGGAGUUGAAACCCUAUGUGAAGAUCGAAGUCAUCCAAGCUCAGGUCGAAGACAAAUACCUCGACAAGAUUGGUAUUCCUCCAAAGUCCGCCGUUCUCAAGGAAACCACGGACCGUUCAAAGACUCUGAAAGGCUCGACCGUUGUCUGGGAUAAGUCUGAGACUUAUGACGUUGCAAGCGAGCUCUCGUUUGUCCGAAUCAAAGUAUAUAACAAUGAUGGUCUAUUUGGCAAGAACGAUCCCUCCCUUUGGUGGGCUAUUCGUAUCGGCAACUGGAAGCCUGGCUAUUCUUUGAUCCGUCCUUAUCUGAUGAAUGGAGAGAUUGCUGAUUCUUCUGUCUUGCUCCUUGUUGAGCUAUCAUGGGUCUAAGUUGAUAUUUAUUCAUAGUGUUUCAUGGAUUCUGUUUCCAUCUUCUGUUAAAUAUCUUUACAGCAGCUAUCAAUAAGACAUUGCUGAUUCUCUUAUUUUCCUUGUGGUCUUGUGUCAUAUAUUUUCACAGUAGCUAUCAAUAAGAUGUUGCUGAUUCUUUUGUUUUCCUUGUGGUGGGGGUACACUGAUGCCAAGUUGGUCCUUUUUGUUUGGUCUAUUAUAUUAUUUGUAGUGAUUUUUCCAUGUACUGUGAAUUCUUGUAAAUUGUUUAAGCAGCUAGCAAUGUACAUACAGUGAAUCUAUUUAUCUAAACCAA